GAUAACAUGAUCUUGUGGUAAACCCCAGAACUGAGGCCCCAGGAUGACAGAACCUGAGACCCUGGUCCUGCUGGAAGUGAAGGGGCCUGAGGCCUCGGAGAAGAGCCCACCUCAGGCUUUGGUCCCCAAUGGCCGGCAGCCAGAGGGGGAGGGUGGGGCUGAGUCCCCUGGAGCUGAGUCCCUCAGAGUAGAAUCUUCAGUUGGGUCCCCCAUGGCUAGAGAGAGGACUGAGGAUGGUCUAGACAGCACAGUAAGUGAGGCUGCUACUUUGCCCUGGGGGACUGACCCCCAGCCCAGUGCCCCAUUCCCAGAUCCCCCUGGCUGGCGGGACAUUGAGCCAGAGCCCCUAGAGUCAGAACCACCUAUCAAGUCAGAGGAGCUAUCUAAAGAUGAUGACAACCUGCUACCUGAGAAGGCAGCCCGGGCUUUUGUGCCCAUUGACCUACAGUGCAUUGAGCAGCAUCCCCUGGAGAACCUCAUUGUGCGUUGUGAGGCAAGCAAGGGUGAGAGCCUGAACUUCCUGCCCACCCGGGUCACUCCUUCGGAGCCCCCAGAGCGAAAAUGGGCUGAGGCAGUUGUCAGGCCACCUGCCCGGUCCUGUGGGAGCUGUGGGAGCUGUGGAGGUCGUGAGGGGCUGAGAGCUGUGGUCUCAGUGGUGGCCGCACUCAUCCUCUUCCCCUGCCUACUGUAUGGAGCAUAUACCUUCCUGCCCUUUGAUGCCCCACGGCUGCCCACCAUGAGUUCUCGCCUGGUCUACACACUGCGCUGUGGGGUCUUUGCCACCUUCCCCAUCAUUCUGGGGCUCCUGGUAUAUGGACUCAGCCUGUUGUGCUUUUCUGCCCUACGGCCCUUUGGAGAGACAAGGCGGGAGGUGGAGAUCCACCGGCAGUAUGUGUCCCAGUCAGUCCAGCUCUUCAUCCUCUACUUCUUCAACCUGGCUGUGCUCUCCACCUACCUGCCCCAGGAUACCCUGAAGCUGCUCCCUCUGCUCACUGGUCUCUUUGCCAUCUCCCGGCUGAUAUACUGGUUGACCUUUGCUGUGGGCCGCUCCUUCCGAGGCUUUGGCUACGGCCUGACGUUCCUGCCACUGCUGGCCAUGCUAGUAUGGAACCUUUAUUAUAUGUUCAUUGUGGAGCCUGAGCGCAUGUUCACUGCCUCAGAGAGCCGCUUGGACUACCCGGACCACGCCUCUGACUACAGGCCCCGACCAUGGGGCUGAGCUGCUUAGUUAAGCACGGUGGGCCCACCACACUUCUCUCGGUCGGUUGCAGGCCCCUGAAACCUCAGUGGAAGGAACACUACUACUGCCCCAUAGAGGUCCUGUCCCAUUCAACAGAGCCUGGACUGACUCCUGCCCUCCCUUACUCAGUAGCUGCUGUUGCCCUUCAUCUUUGGAGCCUGGGACAGUCAUAAGGGAGAGAUUUCUUGCAGGGAAAGAGGUAGACAGCCAUGUGCCUUAAGGAUGCUGAGGACAGAGGCCAAGACACAGGGAAAAGCAUGGUUCCUUUCUGAGCAGCCUCCAGGACCAUCUCUGUGCCAGUUAUCUAAUCAGAGGAACUCAAGAGAACUGGAAAAACCACCCAUGUCCACAGAUAAAAGCUGGCACUGGAUCAAAUAAGAUUUUCACACUUGAUGACAACUUUCCUAGGGGCCUGGGUUCAGGAUUCUAUUACUGGCCUUAAGGACUCUAUAGCCUCUGUCAAGAUUAUUAGGCUGCUGCCUCUGUCCAAAGCUGCUGUCUCCUCCCUUCCAAACUGUAGGCCCCAUUGUUUCCCAUCUCCAAAAUUCCCAGAACUCACAUCUCCCGUGGGAAGAGAAGGGCAGGAGAUCUGCCUCCCAAGAGGGCUGUGUGUGUGUAUGUGUG